AUCAUUAUUGUACACAUUUAUCAUUAAUAUAAUAAUUGUGUUGCAUAUUGAAAAUGAGUGAUCAGAAAGUUUGCCCGAACACUGAAUAUCGACAGAAUUAUACCUGGGGCAACGUUCCGCAUGGUAAUCGCAAUCACUCUCACGCACCACCAAAAUUGGGUAACGCGAGGUACGGUUCCUCAUUUGAUUGGCCUAAAAAGGGCAAUGAAGUGGAGUACAUGAAUAUCGAGCCACCGAUUGUGGCCACGAAAGUGGAUGCCGUCGACUCGACACCUAAGAUUCACGAGAAGAUCCUCAGGAAGACUGAAUAUACGGAAAACUUUGAGCCAUUUUCCGCUUACGUCUAUAUUAUGGGCAAUGGAUUUAAAAAACCCAAGAAUUUGGAUGCACUCAAAGACGCGAACAAAGCCAUGAACUGGUACUCGGAAUGCGAGGCCAGGUCCAGACAGGCUAACCAUUAUAAGACCCGAUCGCAACAAGGUCACCCGCUGUACAGCGAAGGUCUGACCAAAAUCUACGCACAGAGCCCGCAGUGGAACCACUGGCACGUGGACCGGGAGCUACAGGCGCUGUCAUUGGCCACCACUCUGAAGCUUAUUGACGAGAAAAAGCAGGAGAGAGAGUUCAGUCUAACACCUCGAUCAGGUUCAGCCGGACACAAUUGGCUUAAAAACUUUUCCCAC